AUGAGGUUUGUAAAGCGCUGGAACCGAGAGGGCUGGCGCGCGGUGGACAGUGGUCGUCAUCACUUGCCACCACUGCCGUGCGGAGGGCCUCCGUCCCUGCGGCGUGGCCUGGAGUGCGGAGCUGGAAGGGUGAAGACUGCCUCCCAGUGCAAUGUCAGCCUGAAGAAGCAGAGAAGUCGCAGCAUCCUCAGCUCCUUCUUCUGCUGCUUCCGUGAUUACAAUGUGGAGGCCCCACCAACCAGCAGCCCCGGUGUGCUUCCGCCACUGGUGGAGGAGAACGGUGGGCUUCAGAAGGGUGACCAGAGGCAGGUCAUUCCCAUACCAAGUCCUAUUAGUAAUGCUGAUUUUAUUGUUCCGGUUGAAAUCGAUGGAACUAUACAUCAGGUAUACGUGCUGAAGCGGCCGCACGUGGACGAGUUCCUCCAGAGGAUGGGGCAGCUUUUCGAGUGCGUGCUCUUCACCGCCAGCUUGGCCAAGUAUGCAGACCCUGUGGCUGACCUGCUGGACCGCUGGGGUGUGUUCAGGGCCCGCCUGUUCAGGGAAUCAUGCGUAUUCCAUCGCGGGAACUACGUAAAGGACCUCAGUCGCCUUGGGCGGGAGCUGAGCAAAGUGAUCAUCGUGGACAACUCGCCUGCCUCCUAUAUCUUCCAUCCUGAGAACGCAGUACCUGUGCAGUCCUGGUUCGAUGACAUGACAGACACUGAGCUGCUGGACCUCAUCCCCUUCUUUGAGGGCCUGAGCCGUGAGGACGACGUGUACAGCAUGCUCCACAGACUCUGCAAUAGGUAG